AUGUACAGAUGUUGGGGUAUUACAUGUUAUCCUUGUUCAAAACUCUGUAUUGGACUUUUAAUUUUACUUAUUCUUCUUAUUCUCGCUAUAAUUGCUACAUUUCUUAUUCUUUUCAUUGGUAAGAAUAAGGAAUCACAAACAACAUCAAUAAUUACAUUCUUCAAUUCAACUACAGAAAUAGCUGAUAAAACAAAUACUACUGUGUUCGCCAAAACUAUUACUAUUAUACCGACUAAAACUAUCCCUACUAAAUCAACCACAACCACAACGACAACAACUACAACUACAGCAAGUACCGCUACGACCACAAUUAGCUGUGGUACAUCCUGUCUUAAUCAAUCAUGGAUUGAAUCUUCAGAUGGUCUCGCUUUCUGGCCAUUCGAUGGUUCUUAUGUUGACAUAGUUGGUAAUUACAACGGAAUUCCAUCUCUAAAUCUGCCUACUUUUGUUCCUGGAUACCUUGGUCAAGCUGCUUCAUUUGAUGCAUCCCUUCAACAAGCGAUGUACACAUCAUUUAUUCCAUUAAAUAAUGUUAGUUUUACUAUAGAAGCAUGGAUUAAACCAACAGGAUAUCCUAAUCCAAGAGAUCAUAGUAUUGUUGGCUUAUGUCCGUCGAAAAUAGUAGAUCGAUGUCUUCAUAUUAAUAUUCGUAAUAAAAAACUUUACUUUGGAUUUUAUUUUGAUGAUAUUCAAGGUGUAACAACAAUUCCACUCAAUGAAUGGAUACAUGUAGUAUUUGCUUUUGAUCUAACAACAAAAGUACAGACAAUCUAUUUGAAUGGAUUUCAAGAUGUACAAAGUACUGCAUUACAUUCAUUUGAAGGUGAAUCAGGCAAUUUUACAGUGGGCAUUAAUCAAGGCGUAGACUUUCCAUAUAGUUAUUUUCAGGGUUAUAUCGAUCAAUUAUCAAUUGAUCGACGAGCAAAAUCUCCUUGUGAAAUACUUGAAAUAGCAACACUAGCUGGUCACUUCAAAUUUGAUAGUCCAUCAACAUAUAUUGAUUCAGGACCUAAUGCAGUAGCAACGACUUUCUCAAGUACUUCAAUUAUUACUGGUUAUAAAAAUCAAGCUAUCUCAUUUUCUGGUUUAUCAACAUCUUAUUUUCAAACAUGGGGUUUUACUUCAUUUGGUUUUAGUAAUAAACCAUUUUCACUUGCAUUUUGGAUUAAACCUCAAAUUCUAUCAGGUACACUUGUUCAUUUAUCAACAUCAUCUCAAGGUACAGGAUCUCACUGUUUUCCAUUAUUGGGUUUUGAUUCAAAUGGAGCAAUCAUUGCACAAGUUUUAACUGACAAUAAUAUUGUUGUGACAGCUACAGGUUCUAUUUUACCAGUAUCGUCAUUAUGGAUAGCGGUUGUUCAAACGUGGAGUUCAACAAAUGGAUUAAAACUAUAUGUGAAUAAUAUACUUGUUAGUUCGGUUGCAGCUCCAACAUUUCUAGCGAGUGAAACAACACCAAACUAUUUAACAUUAGGUAAUUGUUUAAAUGGAUGUGAUGGUACAUGUUCAAGUGGUUUAGUCAGUAGACCAGGUCCAUUUACAGGUGCAAUUGAUGAUUGGCGUAUAUAUAAUCGUGAACUUACUUCGGACGAUGUAUGUACUCUGUAUUUUUCUGUUUGA